AUGAUGUCGCAGGCCGCAUCAAGCCAUCGGUUUCACAAGGCUGAGACCGUGGGCGCCGGUAAAGCAGACCUACGUACCGCAAGAAACGAACCCGGUUUCAACCUAGUCGGCUUCGAUCCCCUCCCUCCUCCUGUGAGCCUGGGAGGGGGCGGCGAGAAUGGCCCGGGCCGCUCUCCGAGCUCCUGCCACCGAACUUCCUCGGCCGCCACGGAUCAAGCAACUUUCUGCUGCUGCAAUGUCAUCCUGCCCCAGUCUGCAUGUCAGCCCAAGGCACAAGUGUAUGUGAUCAGUAUGUCUCUCUUGCAGCAGCAGCCGGGAGAGUGCCUCCCUGUCUUCCUUCCUGCGUGGAUGCUGCAGGGUACACGUGGGGGUCUAUCGAGCUCAGGCUGGCUUAGCUCGCUCUUCCCCGCCCUCAGGAUCCUUCUCUUUCUGAUGCCUCGGCUGUUGUUGCUGUUCACCGCCCGGGAAACUGAAGCGGGGUUUGCGGGUGGCAGGCCCCGGCAACCCGGCGCGCGUGAGGCGGCAACAAAUGGGGCCGGGGUCCGGGACGGGGGUUAA